CGGGGUUACGAUCGGAGACCACGAACCAAGCGGUGCGGCGAUGGAGGGUACAUACAAGGUCGACGUGGACGGGGUGAUCUUUUGCGGGGGCGGGGACGGGCCGGGAGACGCAGCGGAUGGAGAGGUGGAGGAGGAGGCGGGCGAUGGAUUCGAGGUAGCCGACAUUGGAGCUUAAGGGGAGGGAAAGGGAGGAGGAGGCGAGGCGAGAGUGAGAACGGACCUCGGUGUCGAGGAGGCGGAGGAGGGGGGAAGGCCGGAGCGGAGAAGGCGAUGGCGGACGACGAGGCAGCGGGACUCGGCUUCGCGGGUUUGGUGAACGCCGGUGGUAUUGCGGUGGAGGUCGGCUUCCGAAGGCAGCGUCGAGAUGGCGCUCCUUUUGUGACCCUCAUUUCCAUUUAGGGAUCCGACCCAACCCAACACAAACUCGGGUCGAGCCAAUUUGAUUCAAUUCGAUCCAUCGCAUCACAUAUAUGCCCCACGUCCCGUAUCGAGACACGACUCCACUAACGACACGCUUCGUAUACGGUAGUGUUAGUCGUGGCUCGAAUGGAUCCCCACAUGCUUUUGGCAGCUCGUAUGCAACGACGCCCGAAAUGCGUCGGAUCUUUCUCAUCCUUCACCAAACUUAACGGACUCCAAGAAACGUCACAUUUUGUUAUCACCCGAACGAGAACAGAGAAGGGGCGCUCUGAAGCGUUACGCGUUGCCUUAAUCUCAGGUCAGAUCUCUUUCUCUUCGCCCUUCACUGGUUUACCGGCAGUUGCAUCCCUUUCAAGAAAGCAAACAAGAAUCGUUGCAACUGUUCCUCGCCGACUCAUAUAAAUGAAUAAUCUGGCAAAACGCUGUAACUCGGUUUCAGUUCCAGAAAAUUUCAGUGAUUACAUCCCGGCUUAUACGAACUGCAAGUGAAGUAAGAUGGAUGCUGGGAAGCAGGGCAGCAGUUCAUUUUGGAGUUGGGAGGAGAAUAAGAAAUUUGAAGUGGCCAUCGUUGCAUAUACUGAGAACCAUCACAUUCCCAUUCCUUGGGAUAAAAUUGCAGCAGAUCUGCCUGGAAGAACCGUGGCCGAAAUCAAAGCCCACUAUGACGAACUAUUGGAAGACAUCUGCAGGAUUGAACUUUAUGCACAGUCUCUUCCCGACUGUGAUGUACCUGAGCAAUCUGCUGCUGGUUGUAGUGUUGCCAACAGAGGAAGUGUGAAUGAACCAAGGAGAGACCAAGAAGAGAUCAAGAGCGCCGCAGAGGGCAACCCUGGACAGGGGAACGACACAGGUGACGACUCAUGCACGGAAAUACUUCAUCCGUCAGAAGACGAUGAACAAGGGCAGGAGAAGGAGAUCAAGGAUCCUUCUCCUUGAUCACUGGUUGAGCCUUUGGAGUUCUCAUGCCCUCUGCAAACCCUGUCAAUAAAUCUUCUUUUCUUUUUCCUCCCCCAGGCUUAGGGGGCUUUGGCACUGA